ACUUACAAUUUUUUGACUGAGGUUUUCAGUUUUGCGGAAAUAUGACAGGGAACAUUGGCAUAAGGUAUUCCUUGGACUUUUAAUUACACCAAAUGAGCUAUUUGGUCUUGUUUUCUAUAGCUAGCUGGCUAAUUUUAUAAUCUUUUUGAAAAUUUAUAGGCCAUAUAUACUAGUUAAUUUCAGAUCUGUAGACGAAGUCUCAGAGACAAGAUAGUCAAUUAAACAACAGUUUUAAAAAAAUUGAUGCAUGAAAUGCUUAAUACUUAUAAGGUGCCAUUUUAAAAGAUAUAUACUUCAAUUGAGGAGUCCUGAAUUAAUGCAUUUUCCCUGACUGAAUUAUAAUUAAAAAAAUGAAAAUAAAAUUGACUCCAACCAUCUAGCAGUCAUCAUCAUCAUCCGUCAUCAUCGAGAUUUUUUCUUUAUGCUACAUGGGUUGGAAAAGCAAUGGACACAAAAUUGACAUCAAUGAUCAAAGAAGCUGAACAGCUGUGGGUGCGUUCAAAAGAAUUGACGCAUAUUCCUGGUGCAUCAAAAUUGGAGCGAAAAAUUAAUGCUGAACUUAAAUGUUUGCAAAAUUUUAAGAAGGGAAAAAUGAAGGAUUCGUUGGAAAACCAUUUAAAAAGUACAAACUUGACCAACCUUCGAGCAGUGUUAAAAGCUGUUGAAAAUUCACCAGAUGUGCUGUUUGUUCUAAAAAGUUUUUAUUACGAAACUGAACUUGGAGGAGACCAGCUAGUUGUUGAUGCUGUUGUGACUGGAGGUUAUAAAUGGAUAAAGAUAAUAGCACGCAAACCUCUUGCAGUUCAUAAAAUUUGGAAUGGAGAAGGUCAGUAUGGGGAUAAAGACAUAGUAGAAAUUGCCAAGGAAUAUAUUAUUGCUAGUGAUCAAAAUCCCAUUAAUUAUGAAAUACCCAGUAUUUCAUUCGUAUUCCCACGUGGCGUUACUAAGUCAGUUCAUAAUGCUUUAAAAUCGACAGGUGUUUGUCCCAUUGGAAGAGUUUUGCCUGACCCAGAUAUGCAAAAUUUAACAGAAUGGCAAAAACUGGCAGAGGCUGAAUCCAAUAUGGAAGAUAUAACUCAGUUAUUAGCAGAUUUUACUGUCCCUUCAGCUAAAGUUAACCUAGAUAUUACAACAUUGAUAGUUCUAACUUCAAAUAUCACCAAUGGUGAUUGCAACUUAACCUUUCUUGAAGAUAUUUUGACUAAGCAAGCGGAGGAAGAAAGAGCAGAGCCAGCUCUACCAAAGCUACAACAAUACUUGGCUGGUAAAGAAUUAAUUUGUUGCCAAACAGCACAUGAUAAUUUCCAGGAAAUUUUAAAUACGGUUGGUGGUCCUCAAGAAAAAUUAAGAUCUGAAGCUCUGUUUAAAACUGUUGCUAUUGUCCCUGACGAGCCCGCAGUUUAUGCAAUGGAAUUGGAAGAAAGUGCCAGCGUCAAGUUGCGUUCGAAAAUUAUUUUCGGGACUGGUGAAACAUUACAGGCCAUAACAACAACUGCUAAUACUGCUUUUGUCAGAGCUGCUUCUAACCAAGGAGUAAAAUUUAGUUCUUAUUUCCAUCCAUCAAGAGCGUUGACAGAACAAAAACAAUGCAGGGCCACUCCUUUAAAAUCGUAAUAAAAUAUGUUUUGAAAUCUAUAAAUCCAGUUUUUUGUAGCAAAAAUUAAUUUUGGAGUUAAAAUUUUAUAAUAAACGUUUGCGUUUUUUCCUGUUGUCUUGUAUUACAAGUAAACUUACCGAAUGCUCCUUUUUAGUAUCCAUAGCAACUUUAAUAUCGAUUCAAGAAACUGCAGAAAAAAAUUUACUAUCUUUUCAGUAGACAUGUUGACCUUUUACCUCAGUGAUUUUUUAAUAUUCCCCCUGCCUCAUUAAGCACACUUAUUAGUAACAGUUUAACCCUCCUGUUAUUUCGUAACAAACAUUUUUAACAACGGUAUUGUUG